AUGGAGCGUGCAUUUCGCUGGAUGGCUAAGGGUACAUACACGUCUGGCCCGCGUUCCGGCCAGCCUUCCGUUCACAAAUGGUUCAAAUCGGGCAGCGUCUUCUCCGAUGACUUUUUCACUCUUGACAUAAAAGCCGUGGACAAAGCGCUGGAAUUCAUUGACAAGUUCAAUGAGCUAGGUGUUGUUGGCAAGGUCAUCAAGCUCAACAUAUCAACGGUCUGGGAGUUUGUAGAGGGUCAUCGUGAAGGCGAAAAGAUUCUCGUCGAGCCAUUCAUCAGAGACUACCAAAAGUUCAAUAGCAACAGUGGCUGGACAAACGACGGCGAUGGCUGGGCGGAGGUUAUGCAGGCUCUCAGCCAUUUCAGCUACCACAUUAGCGGCGGGUUUUACGAUUUAUGCGACAUUCAGGGUGGCAUCUACUCAAGAGAGGUUGUGCUCUCUGACCCAGUCAUCCUCUCGCGUACUCGUCAAUUUGGCGUCACGGAUCUCGGUCCUGCCGGCAUCAGCUCAUUCUUUUACGAGCACCGCUGUAACGACUACUGCCGCCCACACUGGAGCCGCCCUGCAAACCCGGCGAGGCACUUUCGCCCUGUGAGCGGAACCUCUAUGCUCCGUCGCGAUGUCCCAACAGGCGCGGGAGGACAUCCAUUAUCUGGAAUCGUUGGCUUCUCGAACAACGCGAUUGCUGAGGAGGAUGAGGAAGAUUAUUGGUAG